AUGGAAACAGAAGUCUUGGAUCAGUGUGAUGAUAUGGAGAAACUGCAGACGAUGCUGGACAACUCGGAUGAUUUGGAGUUCAGGAGGUUGGUCAGAUUGAAGAUAAGAAAACUCAAAAAAGGUGGAAGCAACAAUAUACCGACAGCCAGACAAGCUCUGCGUCAUUUCAAACAGAUUGAUAAAGAAGUCCUCUUGAGAAACAACAAUGGAUCUAAGGAUAUUUUGGACAAGUUGAAACGAAUUAGUCCGUCCAAUCCAAACAACAUCAAAGAACAGACAUUGAAUUGGUGCAAGAACAGAUUAUCUGGAUAUGAGAACAUAAACAUAGAGGACUUUUCAGCAAGUUGGAGUGAUGGUUUGGCCUUCUGUGCUCUAGCCAAUAGUUUCUUUCCGUCUGAAUUUGACUACGAUCAACUGACCAAUCAGAAUCGUCGUUUCAACUUCAAAUUGGCUUUUGAUGUUUUAGAAGACAAAGCAGGAAUAGCUCCAUUGUUGGACGUAGAGGACAUGCUGACCACAAGCCAGCCUGAUUGGAGGUGCGUCUUCACGUACGUUAACUCAGUCAUAUCGCGAAUGUCCGAGAUCAAGAAGCAGCAGCAGCUACCACAGCUGCCACAGCAGCUGAAACAGCAGCUGCCCCAGCAGCUAGAACAUCAAGACUCGCUUCAGCUACAGGAAGAUGAAGUUAACGACGACGAUAACGUUGAUAGUAGCCUUAAAUCCCAUGCUGAUAACAGAACUGGUGAUUCCAACAAUAAUGAUGUUGAUGAUGAUAACACAUGA